AUGAGUGACAUCCAGGAUUUGCUCACAAGGCUUCAGAGCCAAGAUCAAGCUCGGAGAUCUCAUCCAACUGCCACCGCGCCCGAUUAUCAGGAACCCGCCGUUUCUUCCCCCAUCUAUUCUCCAGAUCCCCAUGGGCCUGAACCCCAUCACCCUUCUGCGAUCAUGAGUCCCAAUAUUCCAUCCGCGGCCAACACGCCAGACCCACAAUCGACAAGUCGCACUGCGAGCCUCUUGAGCCUCCUUCGGUUCAACCCAGCAACCACCGGCCAGGCUCCCGCAGCACCAGCACGACAACAACAGUUCUCGCCAGAAGAGCAAAUGGCGCAGAGCGUGCAGAAUAUCUAUCCGCGAGCUGCGGAACCGUCGAAGGAGAACCGGGCAGUCUCGGCCUCGGACUUGGUGGCAUCUUUUUCUAGGAUGCCGACAAUGCCUCAGCCGGCACAAACAUCUCGCACGACCUCUUAUCCAACCGAUGUUAAGCCUUCAGCGUCUUCUGGAUCCUUCCAAGCUCAGGAUUAUCUCCUCAAACUACUAAACCAAACCGCGAAGCAAUCGACUCGGCCGACUCCCCCGGAGACUCAGACACCGAAUGACCAGGUGCUAGAUACCUCCGAAGAUCAAUCGACUGGAGAAGAUCGCAGCAUGGAGUCUCCGGCGACAGCGUUCGAUAUUGAACAACAGCAGAAAGCGCGUGGUAGCCCUUUCACUUACGUCAAUCCUUUCGAGCAGCUUUCCGCCCACCCCAAACCGGCCUCCAGAAAUGGAACCCCACAAUCGCUGUCACGCGCGGAUCGAGAACCUUCUGCUUCCCGACAACGUCCACGUGAAAAUGGCGAUCGGGCAGAAACAGUUUCACAAGCUGUGAGUGAAGUAGGGGAAGCGGUCAAAAAGGAAAUCGAAUCUGCACUUGACAUUACUGCAAUCGAUACCGUUUAUCAGAAAGACGUCGAGGAGACUCAACAAGCUAUUAAAGAAGCCGCUCAAGAAGUUGAGCAGGACAUCGACGAGAGUGGUGGUAAAGAGGUACUUAUGGACGACGGCAUGCCCGAACCGAUGGCGGAAGCUUUCGACAGCACGAUCCGUGACUUUGCUCACCCUCCUCAGGGAGCUGCUAGUCGAUCGAGUUCCUCUGUCGAGGAACCACCGAAACAGGCUUCCUACGACGUUAUCACCUACAACUUCCCUAUGAAGCCCUUCGUCUCGAUCACCAUCAAAGGAUCUACCAAGCCUGCCGUGGAAAUUCGGCCGGGCUCGGUGCUGGAGAUCGCCCGCUUGAAGAAGGAAUUCGAUCAAGUGGACCGCAGUCUGAUCGCCGCAUCGCAGAAGUUCAUAAUUUACGCCAUUCCGAAGAACAAUGGGAUCCGUGUCAUUCAGCAAGACUCUGGCAGCACUCAGCAUCUCUUCCAAGAAGUGAAGUCGAGGGUGUUCAACAUCGGCCUCUGCGUGUCUAAACACGGUAGCGCUUUGUUGGAGAACGAGACGAUUCUUGCCACAUCGAUCGAUGGCAAUACACUCUGGGCACAGCUCGCCAACCAUAACAGUCCCGAGGGUCGUGCCGAUCUCAGUGCCACGCGCUUGGUCUUCCCACCCUUCGGGGUUCAGGAUGACCAUGCCAGCGCCGGCCAAAUCAAGACUCGGGCGAAGCCGAGUUCUCGACACCCCGAGUAUUUCGCGAUCGCUCGCGGAAAACUUAUCCAUCUCUUCAAGCCUCAUAUUGGAGAGGGCUACGUGGUGAAGCAAAGCACCCGGGUUGUUGCUGUCGACGACUGGAUCAAGGAUCAACCCCGAGCGAUCCACAUCGGCAAAGCUGGGAAGGAUUUCAUCUUCUCCGAGGAUGAUUCGGUCAUUGCGUCUUUGGACAAGCAAGGGAUUGUGAAAUUCUGGGAUAUCCGCAAGGCGACGUCGGACCGUGAUUUCCAAGAAGUCAAGGAGCCGAUCACUCAAUUUGCUACGACUCGACCGUUCGAGAAAGCAUGGCCUACUUCGGUUCUCUUCAUUGACAAAGAACGGCCUUACGUUCGAGGCAUCGCUCAGCGAUACCUCGUCGUCGGCAUGAAGCAGAAUCACACCCUGCAGCUUUGGGAUCUGGCUCUUUUGAAGCCAAUCCAGGAGAUCAACCUUCCACACAAGUCGGAGAGCGACCCGAUCUGCAAAAUUGCUUAUCACCCCAAAUCCAGCACGAUUGUCGUGGGGCAUCCGACAAGGAACUCCAUUUAUCUCAUCAGUGUCUCCGCACCGAGAUACAAUAUUUCCGCCAUGUCCCAAGCCAAGUAUCUUGCUCUCAUUGCGGCCAAUAGCGGCGAGAUCCAUAUCCCGGAAUCGACUGCUAUUAUGAAUAGUAUCAGGGAGAUUUCAUUGGGUACCAAGGGCCAGCUUCGAAGCUUCGAGAUCCUGAAUGAACCGGUUACCGGUUCUCCCGUUGGGACUUUGGAAGGGGAAUCCUUGUUUGAACUCUAUGUUCUUCAUUCCAAGGGCAUCACAGCAAUUGGCGUCCGCCAGGAUGAUAUGGGCUUGGAUGAUGAUGGAAAGGCGAAGCACACCAUUGACGCGGCUUCGGCCGAUAUCAUCGCUAUUGAAAAUCUCAAAGAAAUCCCGCAACGUGGGUCGCAGUCUGAAUCCGCUCCCGAGGAACCAACUCGAGGACCUUCUUCAUCGGUGAGAUCCUCCCGAGAGUCGCGGACCAACCAAGACCAAACGCCGUCUCGAGCUCAACGGAGCGCACCGGCUGGAACGCCAUCUGCGGUUGCGUCGACGCUGGCACGCGUGGAAAACAAACAGGAUGCGGCGCGGGCUGCAAUCAUCAAUGGAGACAAGGGCGAAAAGGAGAAGGGCGGCGAUCGAAGCGAGAGAAGGAAAAAGAAGGCCGCCAAACGUGAAGACGCACAAGUCGAAAAUGGCGCGUCGAAAAUUGCAAUCGCCAACACAACUGCCGACACGGGGGCACCUUCACCUUCACCCUCCGCCUACGCUCUUGCUGCCAAAGCAAAGCAACCACCGACCUCCGCAACGCCUGAGAACAUGUCGUCCUACGAACGUUCCAUGACGGAAUACAUCGUUGGCGGGAUGAAUUCCGCCGUCGAUGAAAAGUUGAAUCAGCUUUACAAGAACUUCAACAACGAGAGUCGUGUUCAGAAUGCAUCCAAUGCCGCUCGGCACGAGGCGGUCCUUAAGAUGGUCGGAUCCACUGUGGCAGAAACCACCGAACAGCUUCUUUCCAAGGUCAUACAGGAACAAGUCCACAAGGAUAUCCUUCCACGCCUAGAGAGCGCAGCCCAGACUGCCGUCGAGCGAAGCACAGCGGACCUCUUCGCGAAAGAGCUCAGCAAAGUCACUGCAUCGAUCCCGAAUCACGUUCGUUCUUCCAUCGCCAACGCCCUCAAUGACCUUGACAAACGCGUCGCGAAGAGCAUGUCCGGUCACAUCGAAGCGAAUCUCACCAAAUCGAUCCGCGACGCCAUGACGCCAGCCUUCGCGAAUAUGGCCACUGGGACCGCACAGCAGGUUGCAGGCGAGGUCGAUCGACGUGUUGGAGAGCAUCUGAAGCACUUGGAUGCGCGUCACCAGCACGAUGCACUCCAACUCGACCAGCUCGUCGGGCUCGUCCGCAACCUUUCGGAGUCACUCAUCUCCCUGACGAAGCAGCAGUCGGAGAUGCAUGCGGAGAUGUACGGGGAGAUAACUAAGCUGCAACAGAAGCUGGCUACGCUUCCCGAGGGUUCCGUGGUGUCCAGCGGAGCGGCGAUGGAACCGCAGGAACUAACGGUGAAGGAGCCGGAAGACCCGGAGAUCGAGAUGAUCACGGCGGAGCUGGGCCAGGGCAAAUUCACCGACGCUGCUAUAAUGUGGCUCCAAUCCGACAACCAAUCCGAGCUCUUCGACCGCGUUUUCAUCCGCUUCGGCCCCGAGUUCAUCGGGCAGCUCUCCCCGCUCGUCGCCCUCUCCAUCUCCGCCGCCAUCACCGGCGACCUCGACAACAACCGCAAGGACCGGCUCGACUGGCUCGAGGUGAUACUCGCGCACAUGAACCCGAACUCAAAGGAGAUCGUGCAGUUGCUGCCGAAGAUCAUGGACGUGCUGGCGAGUCGGCUGCAAGGAGUGUAUAUGCAGUUGAACGAGGAGAGCCCGACGGAUCCGACGCUAAGGAGGCUGAGUGCGUUGGUGAAGAAUAGUCGGGAGUUGAAGCAGCACGCUGUGUAUAUGGGUGGGCAGGAAUAAAUCAGCGAUGAUACUGCUCGGAAGGAAUGCUCGCGAAGUGUGCUUCGGCAGAAACAUGCAAAAUAGGUGGAUAACAACGUGGCUGGAUUUCGGUUUUGUUUUUCAUUGUCGGGCGACACAAUCA